AUGAACAUCCUUGCAAAAGUGUUUGGUAAAAGUGCUGCUAUGAAGCUGAAUGAGGUUCCCAUUUCAGCCACAACAACGGAACACCGGACGUUGAUGAUUGCUGAGGACCUGCUUGUACAGCUAGGCGAAAAGGUUAGGAAAAGUCCCUGCUAUGGAAUGCAAUUUGACGAGUCGACAGAUCUCACAAACAGGGCUCAGCAGAUAUGCUUCAUUCGCUAUGUUGAUUAUGACCGCCUGCGAAUGACAGAAGAGUUUCUUUUCUGUGGAGAUGUUCUGGACUGUCUCACCCACAAUGGGAUUGCAAUUGAAAAGUGUUCACACAUCACAACCGAUGGCACAGCGAGUAUGGUUGGGAUAAGAAAUGGUGAGGUGGUAAGAUUGAAAGAUUAUGCACCGAACUGUAAAAGUUCUCACUGCGCCCUGCAUCGCCAGAAUUUGGCAUUGAAGCAUCUACCAAGUGAGUACGAUUUGGAUGCAGUAAUGAAAAAGUGCAUCAUUAUCAUCAAUGAUAUCAAGAGCAAAGCUAAGAAAUCUCGCAUGUUCCAUGACUUCUGCGAUGGAAUGGCUAUCAAGAGGAGUUGCGUGGAAGAGACUCUUUCAACUAAGGAAGGCAGUUCAUGGCUUCUUGCAAGAAUGUGGCUCACCGCAUGCAUUCUGUUUCAUGCAAGAGAAUGGGUUGCUAAGCUUUCUUACUUGUGUGAUAUAUUCACCAAGCUCAAUGUGUUGAACCUCUCCCUUCAAGGGCCAGGUCAAGAUGUGUUCACUUCCAAUGACAAAAUUGAGGCAUUCAAAUUGAAAAUUUCAGGGUGGAAGAAAAGAGUUGAGAGAAGGGACUUUUCAGACUUCGAUGAGCUUGGGCAAGUGAUUGCAGAGUCCAAGGAUGAAGUCAUUGACGACAAAAUGAUGAUAGUUGUGUCCAAACAUCUCACAGUUCUCCAGCAGAAUUUUAAUAAAUAUUGUCCUCCUGAAAAUGAGGAAAAGAAGAAUAGUUGGAUAAGAACACCCGUUCCUUAUUUCAAACUUGAACGACAGCAAUCUGCCCACUCAAGAAAAACACACACUGAUCGAUCUCCACUGUGA